AUGGAAGUGGUACAGGUUGCACAAUAUGAAAGUGAUUUAUUAUAUGAAGUUGUCGAAGAAAAUAAUGGUUUAAAUCGCAAUGAAAAACUCAAGAAGAAGAAAAGAUCUAGACAUUGGGUUAAAGAAGCUACAUUUGAUAAUGCUGAGGAAGCAGAGGCAUCAAUUGAAAAUAUCUGGUCAAAACAGUAUACAAGUUAUACGGAAGAUGAACGAAGAGUUUAUUACAGAUGCAAUAAAGCUAAAUUUCGUGAACCUCAAUGUAGUGAAAGUAUUCAUCUGUUACAUCAUGCAGACCGUGAUCAAGUGACUGGUUAUAAAGCUGAUGGUGCAUACGAUCAUCAUAAUGAAAAGCUCGUGAUAUUGAUGAAAAUGUUAAAAAGUGCAUGGAAGAAUCAUAUAAUGAUGGUAUCCUGA